AGCCAGCUGGCCUCCCGAAAUGCUGUCGCUUCUGGUCGCCGCUCCUCCAUCGUGGUACUCACCUGCCCGUAUUCCACUGUCGACGCACCGCCCGUGGCGGGCGGCAGUCGAGAUGAGGCACCUCCUGCUCCGGCCGGACGACCCAGAGGUGCUCACGCUCAGGGACGCGCUGAUGGCAAAGAGCGUGGAGGCGCAGCUCGAGCGCUUCCAAUACAUGAACGAGCGCGGGCAUGGCAUGUGGCUCAGCCAGGCGUGGGAGGCGCACGCCAAGGACGCGCCUCCCGGCGGGGGCGCCGCCUUCCUCGACGCUCUCACGCGGACGGAGUCGAUCGAGGCGUAUUUUGUGCCCACGAUCGCGCGGCGGCAGGGGUCGCCCAACAACCCCUACCUCAACCGCGCCGCCUCGGGCUACCACACCACCAUCGAUCCCCGCGACCUCGCGCGCCGGCUGAUGGCGUGCCGCUCGCAGCUCGCGGGCGAGUGGUGCGAGCAGCUGCGGAUCCUGGCGACGGGGGAGCCGCACGAGCGGUUGGCGGAGGAGGCGCUCCUGCUCGGCCUCUCCGCCCGCGCCGCGAUGCGCAGCCUGCUCCGCGGCCUCAAGCCGCUGCCCUCGCGGCGCGGCAUGCACGCGUUCCUCGAGGCGUUUGCCAAGGAGCACUCGCGCGACCUGUCCCCGGCGGGGGAGCCGGAGGCGGCCUUCGCGGCGCUGGAGGCGCUGCCGCUCGCCAUCGCCGGCGAGGCUCUCAUCGACCCUCCGCUGCUCUGCGCCGAGCUGCGAAACAAGACGCAUGCCGCCAGCGCCGACCUGGCCGGGCUGCUCGGCGGGACCGAGGAGGAGCACACGCGCGUGCACGCGUCAUACCUCGAGACUUGCCUCCGCGAGACGAUCGACGCGCCCUCAUGGGACCGCGAGCUCAAGAAGCGCGACCAGCAGCGCCAGCUCGAGGCGUCGUGGAGGGUGCUGCUGCGGCGCACCGGCCCGCCGCCUACUGGGCCAGCAGAGGGAGGCGCCGCUCCCGGCCGCCACGCGGACACGCGGCCCAUCCUCCCUCCCUCCCCCGACGGGGACGCGGGCCCGCCGCCCGGCUCGUCUCCCGCGCCGUGAGAGCGACGACUGCCCCACCUGAGGGCGCCAUUUGGCGCGCGCGUUUCCCCGCCCCCCCCAGAGGGGGAGUCGCGCUGUCUCGCUUCGGCGCCGGCUUGUGCUCCUGGCUUGACCGCCCCCUUCCCCUCCCCCCAACCACUACCCCCCCCCCCCCCUCCCGCCCCCCCGCCCCCCUCUCCUUCCAUGCGCAUGCCUUGUCCCCGCCUGGCUCGCUGCUGUGCCGUCCUUAGCCGUGCCGGCCGCCGAGCGCAUGUACCUGUUGCCACCCCCCCGCUUGCCCUUCCGUGCCGAUGAUUCGAGUCCGUCCCACUCCUGGUCGGUGCAUGAUAUGCAGCCGUCGCUCGCUCCUCCUCUAGCCCUCGCUUGAGCGUCAUCUGUUCGUUUUGCGCCGACACCGCCCCCGCUCUGGGCCUCGCUCUCGAAGUCUCGUCUCUGCCCGCGAGUCGGAGAGCUCGGUGACUCUCUUAGCUCUUACCCCCCUCUGCUCUCGGUCCCUCUGGGGACAGCCUGAGUCCCGCUCUCGCCCCAGUCGCCAGCUGGUCAGUGUAUCUCGCCGCACUGCGCACUCUCUGCCGCGGUGUGUACAUUUUGUAAAAAACUCUGUAAUCUCAGCAGAA